AAAGGAAAAACGAAAAAGAGAAUGCAAAGGGAACUACUCCAACUAAUAUGCUAUCCUAUACUCUGGCCUUGUUUGGAUUUUGCAUUGUAUCCUCAGGUCAACCUCUUUAAUUACUAGAGGAAGGGCAGAGGAAAGAGAAGAAAAAAGAGCGAUAGAAAUGGUGGAAGAAUUCAUGAUUUGUGUUGAUAGAUUAAUAGCUUCAUCAUCAGCAUCAUCUGCUGCAGCAGCUUGCUUUGAUUCCCCUGUAACUGAGGUUUCUAAUAGUGAAAGAGUACAAGAUAUUAAUGGAGUAAUGGAGGGUUUAAAGACCCAAGAAAGUGAAAAAAGUAAUGGUGAAUUUGGAAAUGAAAAAGAUGGUUUCUUGAGGGAGUGCAGAAUUUGUCAAGAAGAAGAUGAAGAACAAGACAUGGAAUCUCCUUGUGCUUGUAAUGGCACCCUCAAGUUUGCUCACAGGAAGUGCAUUCAGAGAUGGUGCAACAAGAAAGGUGAUAUCAGAUGUGAAAUCUGUAAUCAGAUGUUUUCGCCAGAUUAUAUCAGUCCACCAAAACAUGCUGAUGUUGUGGCAAUUGAUAUCAGGGAAGCAUGGGGUUCAAACUUUAAUCUUCAGGAUCCUCAUUUUCUGGCUUUUGCGGCAGCUGAACAGCAAUUCCUUCAGUCUGACUAUGAGUAUUACGCUAAUACAAAUAGUAGCACCCUCGCCUGUUUCCACUCAGUGGUUAUUGUGGUUAUGCUUCUCUUGCUGAUAAGACAUACAUUGCUGGUGACAAGGGAUUUUGGGAUGGUCCAAGAGUCUUCUACCUUCUAUCGAUACCAAAUUUUACUGCUUCAGCUUGCUGGUUUUCUCCUUCCUUGUUACGUGAUGGCCUGCUCAUGGUACAUUGCACAAUGUCGAAGGAGGAGGCAGGUUUAGGUAUCAGAUCAUGGAAGCUCAAUCAGUUUCUGCAGUUUCCAAGAAGAGUUCAUUUAUCUGCUAAUAUUCCCAGCAAGCGAGCCAUCUUUUCUGUAUCAUCUUCUUUGUGAUCCUAUGAGUUGCAUUUAUAUCAGAAGUUGCUAUUUUUAAUUAGCAAUUCUUGUAAAUAAUGUAGCUAUAAAGCUACCAUUGAAUCAUCUCUUCAAGCUUUCUGAUCUUUUGAUCUCAGAAGCAAAUGUAAAUGUGAAUGCUGAGUUCAUUAGGUCCUUGUGCUAUCUAUCUUUCUUGGUAUUUGCUUUGAUUACA